GGCAGCCUUUACAUUUGGAACCCAGCCUUGUGAAUGAGUGGGAUAAGCUUUGCCGGUUUAUCAGCAUUUUUAAUCUGCAGCAAUGUCUAUGUGAUGUGUUUUUGUUAUGUUUUCUGAAUGGUGAAAGCCAACAUCGCGUCUAAGCUAUGACAGCAAAAGAUUCUUCUAGGGAACUUGCUACUCCAGAGUCAGAUAUUUACAUAAGGACUUUCAAGGAACAAAUGCAUUUAGAACUUGAGCUUCCCAAACUGCCUGGGAACAGACCUACGUCUCCAAAAAUUUCUCCUCGCAGUUCGCCAAGGAACUCUCCAUGCUUUUUCAGAAAGUUGCUGGUGAAUAAAAGCAUCCGUCAGCGUCGUCGCUUUACAGUGGCACAUACAUGCUUCGAUGUGGAAAAUGGCCCGUCCCCAGGCCGCAGCCCGCUGGACCCGCAGGCCAGCUCCUCGUCGGGCCUCGUGUUGCACACGACUUUCCCGGGCCACAGCCAGCGCAGGGAGUCGUUCCUCUACAGAUCGGACAGCGACUAUGACUUAUCGCCAAAGACUAUGUCCAGGAACUCCUCUCUUCCCAGCGAGCAACACGGAGAUGACCUGAUCGUCACACCUUUUGCACAGGUCCUGGCAAGUUUACGAAGUGUGAGAAAUAACUUUACAUUGCUUACCAAUUUGCACGGGACAUCGAACAAGCGAUCUCCGGCCACGAGCCAGCCGCCUGUCUCCCGAGUGAGCCUGCAAGAGGAGCCCUACCAGAAGCUGGCCAUGGAGACGCUGGAGGAGCUCGACUGGUGCCUGGACCAGCUGGAGACCAUUCAGACGUACCGCUCCGUCAGCGAGAUGGCCUCCAACAAGUUCAAGCGGAUGCUGAACCGGGAGCUGACCCACCUCUCCGAGAUGAGCCGCUCCGGCAACCAGGUGUCCGAGUACAUUUCCAACACCUUCCUGGACAAGCAGAACGAUGUGGAGAUCCCUUCGCCCACGCAGAAGGACAGAGAGAAGAAGAAGAAACAGCAGCUCAUGACACAGAUCAGUGGAGUGAAAAAAUUAAUGCAUAGUUCAAGCUUAAAUAACACCAGCAUUUCCCGAUUUGGUGUGAAAACAGAAAAGGAAGACCAUCUGGCCAAGGAACUGGAAGAUCUGAAUAAGUGGGGUCUCAACAUAUUUAAUGUCGCAAGGUAUUCCCACAACAGGCCCCUCACCUGCAUUAUGUAUGCUAUAUUUCAGGAGAGGGAUCUGCUGAAAACGUUCAAGAUCUCGUCGGACACGUUUGUGACGUACAUGAUGACUUUGGAAGACCACUACCACUCCGACGUAGCGUACCACAACAGCCUGCACGCGGCCGACGUGGCCCAGUCCACCCAUGUCCUGCUGUCUACCCCGGCGCUGGAUGCCGUCUUCACUGAUUUGGAAAUCCUUGCUGCAAUUUUUGCAGCUGCAAUUCAUGAUGUGGAUCACCCUGGUGUCUCCAAUCAAUUUCUAAUUAAUACAAAUUCAGAGCUAGCCCUGAUGUACAACGACGAGUCUGUUCUGGAGAACCACCAUCUUGCCGUGGGUUUCAAGCUGCUUCAGGAAGAGCACUGCGACAUCUUCCAGAACCUCACCAAGAAGCAGCGGCAGACCCUCAGGAAGAUGGUGAUUGACAUGGUAUUAGCAACAGAUAUGUCCAAGCACAUGAGCCUGCUAGCUGACCUGAAGACCAUGGUGGAAACGAAGAAGGUGACCAGCUCCGGGGUGCUCCUGCUGGAUAACUACACUGACAGAAUACAGGUUCUCCGAAACAUGGUACAUUGUGCGGACUUGAGUAAUCCCACGAAGUCUCUGGAGUUGUACCGGCAGUGGACGGACAGAAUCAUGGAGGAGUUCUUCCAGCAGGGAGACAAGGAACGUGAAAGAGGAAUGGAAAUCAGUCCAAUGUGUGACAAACACACAGCGUCAGUGGAAAAAUCGCAGGUGGGGUUCAUCGACUACAUCGUGCACCCGCUGUGGGAGACGUGGGCCGACCUGGUGCAGCCCGACGCGCAGGACAUCCUGGACACUCUGGAGGACAACAGGAACUGGUACCAGAGCAUGAUACCUCAGAGCCCCUCGCCGCCGCUGGAGGAGCGCGGCCAGGACUGCCAGAGCCUCAUGGAGAAGUUCCAGUUCGAACUCACCCUCGAGGAAGAAGACUCAGACGGGCCGGAGAAGGAAGGCGACAACAUCGGCUACUUCAGCAAUAGCACGAGCCUCCGCGUGGCUGGCCCGGGGGAAGAGGAGUCCCAGAGGGAGGCUGGCAUAGAAAUCGUGACGGAAGACACGUCCCCCGUCGACACAUAAUGUCCCGUCCCCGUGCACGUGGAUCUCAAACACUUCAUGAGCAUGCAAGCAGCCUCGUGGGACCUGCCUGCAGCCUGCAUCUUCGGCCUGUGUCUGCCACCGGCUGAAAGAUCCUCCCAGCUACUUGAGAUUGGAGUCAGGGUUCAAGAUCGCGUCGCGAGCGAUUGCUCAGGAACUUAGCAGAUGAUUUACCUUGUGGUUUAAGCCUUGCCAGCGAGAAGCGUGGCGGUGUUCUGGGGCUGGCUUGGCUUGACACCGAACAGUACGCGACACACAACUGAGAGAUUUUAUACCGGUAGGUUUGGGAAUUUAUACCAGUUAGACUGAUAGAAACUACUGAUUAAUAGCUCUGCGUAUAAAACCUGUCCACCCGACCACCUGUCUGCAGACCUGUGUGCCUUCUUUGUAAACACUUUCAUGUCUUUUCAAGAGUCUAUUAAAUACACGGAGUUUAGUAUAAAAAGCGACACAAAGUGUUUCCAAAUUGAUGGAUACUUUUCUGAUUCUUCCUGUUGAAAGAAGCAGUCUUCCUUUUCUUGUCGUGGGCAAUACCUGUCACUUUAUUGCGGUUACUCGCUUCCGCAGACUCAGCAGAAGGGGUUCCCGGUUUCCUUCCUGCACCUUGCGUAGGCUUCUCCCCAUUCAGAGUCACCGCGUGCCAUUGUGCAUCCUCUCCGUUUGCUUGCUAGAAAUCACAGUAUUUUCUCCCCGGCGGGGUUUGUUUUUGUUGUGCCCGGGGUGAGGGAUAGUUCUGCUCCCGUGGCACACCGCAGCACGUGUACCGGCAAGCGUAGCGAGGCAGUGUGUGAUGCACGGUCCCCCUCCGCCGCUCCUUUGCGCAGUGGAAGUUGCACGCUCGGAUAUUUGUGUUUCUCCCGCCUAUCGUUCACCUUCCCUAGGUUUAGGUCCACCGUCCCUCUCCUGCACUGCCUUGAGCUCUAACACCUCCAUUACUGUUUAUAACAGUGUAUUUAUUAUGUAAUGUAUAUACUGUAAUGUUUUGUAAGUUAUUAAUUUAUAUGAAUUAACAUUGCCUGUCAGCGGUGAUGUUAAUUGAGUAGAAAACUCGGAAUAAGAGUUGCCUUUUUUUCUUGUAACCUUUUGUAUUGCAUAAAAUAAAAGAACCUGAACGCAGCGGAGGAGACAUACGGACCCCGGCAGGGCGUUCCCGGCGGCCGGCCCGCGCCGGUGCAAAGCCCGGGGGACGGGCCGGCUUUUAAAUGUCACGGUCCAGUCGCCAAACAGCCCAAUGUGAAUUUCCAUGGCAAAAAUGUGAACCGGUGUCAUAAUUGUGCUGUGAAACUCCUUCCGACAGAGCUUGCUAGGCAGCGCCGCUGGUGUCACUCCCCGUCUGUAAAAUACGUCUCAAGCUUUUGGUCCAACUUGUGACUAAAUAGUUAAUGAAAAUAGCACAGUUGUGCAUGAUCCGUGGGUUUGUAUGUCUGUUGAACACCGCGUUGUUCCAGGUGGUUAUUUUAUUGUUUUCAAAAGUUUCACACAAUGUAUGUUAUAGUAUUCUAUAUUGUGUUCAGAUGCAUUCUUAAGAGAUUUUUAUAUGAAGUGAAUAAACGAGAGCAUGACCCUG